CUGGAGGUAGAGCUCUGGACACAUUUUUAUUAUCUACGAUAUUAGAGACUUCUACUUUGAUGAUGGAAGAUGAAAAGAUUACAGUGACAGGGGAGGACCUUGACUGGUCUGAUUUCUACGAGAACUAUAACUAUUCAGACUCGAAUGGCUCUUAUGAGGGGAGUGAUAUUUGCAGCCUGACUGACACUGUGAAUUUUGAAGCUGUGUUCAUACCAGUUCUGUACUCUGUGGUGUUCGUUGUUGGUCUGCUUGGGAACGGAUUGCUGUUGAGGAUACUGGCUCGGAGUAGGAAGACCUGGAGUGCGACAGAUAUAUUCAUCUUCUAUCUGGGAGUGGCAGAUAUCCUGAUGCUGGUGACGCUGCCCAUCUGGGCAGUACAGUAUGCCAAAAGUGAUGGAUGGACAUUUGGUACUCCCCUGUGCAAGAUCAGUGGAAGUGUUUUUACAAUUAAUUUCUACAGUGGGAUCCUUCUCCUGGCCUGCAUCAGUCUGGACCGCUACCUGUCCAUCGUCCAUGCUACACAGAUGUACUCAAGGAAGAAGCCUUGGGUUGUUCAGGCCAGCUGCCUGAUGGUGUGGUGCUUUUCCCUGCUUCUCUCUAUCACUGACUGGAUCUUUUUAGAAGAUGUGUUUGAUGAUAGACGAGGCAGAAGAGAGUGUAUUCCCAAUUAUUACAAAUUUGAUGAGGAGGCUGUAUAUAAUUGGAGGUUGGCAUCACGCAUGAUUUAUCUCAUAGUUGGCUUUGCACUUCCUUCAGCCAUCAUGAUUUUCUGCUACUCCUGCAUUUUGCAUCAGCUGAGGUGUGGUGCCCAGAGCCAUCAAAAGCAGAGAGCUUUUAAAGUUAUUGUGGCUGUGGUGGUGGUUUUCUUUAUCUGCUGGACCCCGUACAACAUCACGCUCUUAGUGGAAACGUUUAAUUUUGAUAUCAGUAAUGAAACUUGUUCAGACACAACAUCCCUGGAGAAAAUUAAGACAGUGACCACCUGUGUGGGUUUCAUUCACUGCUGCCUCAAUCCCAUCCUGUAUGCUUUUGUGAGUGAGAAGUUCCGGCGUCGGCUCCUGAGCAGGGAAACAGUGUUCAUGUCAGACUUAAAUGUUUCAAAUCAUCAAACAAAUCAUAGGUGAAUUCUUCCCCCUGACCGUGCUUCCUCUAAAGAACAGUCAGCCAGAUUAAGGAGCUCCUCUAAGUAUUUCUUCCACAGUCUGGCUAUGUCCUCAGUUGAAGGCAGUAGCACCCCACCUUCAUUAAAUACAGUGUAAGUAGAGCACCGCUUUCCCCUACACCUUUUCUCAUGGUCAUGCUCACCCCAUGAUAAUAGAUGGAGCUCCAAAAUGAGGGCCACUGAUUGAUUCUUUCUUUCUUUCUUUAGGAGCCAGAACUCUCCCUGUCCAAAAUUACUGUCAAGUUCAUCCUCAUGAUGAAUUUAUAUAAACUUCCAAUCACAACUGUAGUCUCUGAUACAAAGUGUAAAGUUUUAGUUGAUGUUACAGAGAAUUCUGACUGACUGAAAGCAGUUCUUUAAAUAGGAAGGACCCACUGGUGUUAUGCGGGGGCCCAGUCGUUUUAAGCUGGGUUUGUUCCUGUUUAUAUAGGCUGCUUUUGAAAAUAUCAGGAUUUACACCCAGGGAUAUAUAUUCUCUUGGAAUACUUCUGGAAAGCACCAUUAGAUGAGGAUUUUACUCUCAGGAUUAAAGGCUAAAUUCACUUUUACAGACAAAUAUUUUUUUAUUUGCGCAAAAAAUGUUUAAAGUAAU